AUGGCCUUUCAUUUUGCCAAAGACUGUGGAUAUGUGUGCCAUUUUAAAUGUCAACCAAAGAUUCUCGAUUAUUGCGGCCGAGUUACCAACUCCUCCAUCACAUCGAAUUCCUCUUCAAAGAAAAAGCUGGGCUCCACCGCCCAUUUUCCAGUCAACACUAAUGAGCUAAAUUCCUACCAUGACCUCAAGGGUAAGGCGGUGAAGGCAAAAUUUGCAUUUGCCUCCGAUGACCCCGAAGAAGUUUCCAUUUCACUUUCAGAUGUGCUGCUCAUUGUUGAUGGGGUUUUAGAUAACGGAUGGAUCAAGGUUCCCUUGCAGCCUCGUUGA